CCCAAAAAAAACUAACUUUUUUCAAGAAUAAUCAGCAAGAACGUUUGCAAAGCAUCGAAAGAUUCGAUCCUUUUCGGCUCAGGAACCCGAAAGAUUUGAUCUUUUUGGAGCUCAAGGUUGGUUGAUGGUGCGUUUGGCUGCGUGAGAAGUGGAGGAGGAGGAUGCGGGUGGAGGUGGAGGAGGAAGAGGAGAUGUACCCGUCGACGCCGGGGAAGGUGAAGGUGGAGCGGUCGGGCGCGGCGGCGAUGAGCCGGCAGGUGCACCGGUGCUUCGCGUCGACGGGGACCAUGUUUCUGUGGGCGCUGCUCCUGGUGGCGAUGACGGCGACGUACCUGAGCUUCCGCUCGCUGGGCGACACCUCGUCGUCGCGGUACUUCCCGGCGUCGUGGGGCGGGCUGCACUGGGAGCGGCAGAUCAGGGCGUCGGCGUCGGCGCGGCGGCCGCCGGGGUCGGCGGAGGGCGCCGGGCUGUCCGUGCUGGUGACCGGCGCGGCGGGGUUCGUCGGCGCGCACUGCUCGCUCGCCCUCCGCAAGCGCGGCGACGGCGUCGUCGGCAUCGACAACUUCAACUCGUACUACGACCCGUCGCUGAAGAAGGCCCGGCGCGCGCUGCUGGGGUCCCACGGCGUGUUCGUCGUCGACGGCGACAUCAACGACGGCCGCCUCCUCGCCAAGCUGUUCGACGUCGUCCCCUUCACCCACGUGCUCCACCUCGCCGCGCAGGCCGGCGUCCGCUACGCCAUGGAGAACCCCUCCUCCUACGUCCACUCCAACGUCGCCGGCCUCGUCUCCCUCCUCGAGGCCAGCAAGGACGCCGACCCGCAGCCGGCCGUCGUCUGGGCCUCCUCCUCCUCCGUCUACGGCCUCAACGACCGCGUCCCCUUCUCCGAGGCGCACCGCACCGACAAGCCGGCGUCGCUCUACGCCGCCACCAAGAAGGCCGGCGAGGAGAUCACCCACAGCUACAACCACAUCUACGGCCUCUCCGUCACCGGCCUCCGCUUCUUCACCGUCUACGGCCCAUGGGGCCGCCCCGACAUGGCCUACUUCUCCUUCACCCGCAACAUCCUCCAGGGCAAGCCGAUCACCGUCUACCGCGGCCGCGACCACGCCGACCUCGCCCGCGACUUCACCUACAUCGACGACAUCGUGCGCGGCUGCCUGGCGGCGCUCGACACGGCGGGGCCGAGCACCGGCACCGGCGGCAAGAAGCGCGGCCCGGCGCCGUACAGGGUGUUCAACCUCGGCAACACCUCGCCGGUGACGGUGCAGGCGCUGGUGGCCAUCCUGGAGAGGUGCCUGAUGGCGAAGGCCAAGAAGCACGUCGUGGAGAUGCCCGGCAAUGGCGACGUGCCCUUCACCCACGCCAACAUCAGCCUCGCCAGGGAGGAGCUCGGGUACAAGCCGACGACGAGCCUCGACAUGGGGCUCAAGAAGUUCGUCAGGUGGUACCUCUCCUACUACGGCUACAACAGAGGCACGCACGCCUUCAGGAACCACUUGUCAUGAUAUGUUCAUCUCAUGAUGAUUAUACUGCUUUAGUACUUAGCAUUAGCAAACAUAGUACAACAAAUAUGUAUAUCUAUAUGUCUGUAUGUAUGUAAAUUUUGAUCUUUUUGUUUUGUUUUUUGGAAUGGAAGGAGGAAUUGAUUUUUUUUUUUUAAUUUUGUUGGUGGUGAGAAACUGAUAAUAGGAUGGAGGGUGGGUGCUGUUUUUUCUCACUCUUGAGCCUCAACUUUUUCACUU